UGAUGGUAAAGAAUUGACCAAAACCAUCCUCCAUCGAAAAUCUAGAAGAGAAAACCAGGGAGAGAACUAGAAUCCUUUUAUUUCUAUUGACCAAAUUAUGAUAUCUCUUCUCUCCCAUCGUUGCCUCAUUAACAAGCCAAUAAUUUUGUCCCUCAAUGCUUAAACCCCAAAUCGUUUUCCUCUAUCUCCGGUGCCGGCGAACCUCUUCCAGCAGCCCUUCUGUUUGUGCGAUUCAUACUCCGGCGAGUUUCGUUAACUCCUUCAUCGUGUGAGAUUCUGCCACUAGCAUCCAUGGCGACGGUUGAUUGGUCUAAACUCCCAACGGAGCUUCUCAAUCUGAUAUCGCAACGAAUCUACGAAGAAGUCGAUCUCAUUCACUUCCGAUCAGUUUGUUCAACCUGGCGCUCUUCCUCCGUCCCAAAGCAUCAUCACAAAUUUCGCUUCCAGUUCCCACUCCUUAAAUUUCCAUUCAACGCUGAUUUUAUCAACAAGAACAGGUCAUUUUGUUACAUCACCAAACAAAAUAUCUUCCUCAUCAAACCACCACAACAAGAACAAACCCUAACCCUACGCCCUUUGUUGAUAAGAAUUUGUCAAAACGCACGUGGCAAAUCCAAAUUAUACCACCCACUCUUACAAAAUGGCUAUAAAUUUCCGCACACUUUCAUGCUCGAUUUCAACAAAUUAUCCAUCCUCCAUUUGGGAAGCAACUUCUUCAUGAUAGACUUUGACUUCACAUUCAACGAUAAACUCUACAACCCCGACGAUUACAUGUACCCUAAAAAGGUCGUUGUUGUUACGUGCCAUGGGAAAAAACCUCUCAUUGUUGGCACAUUAACCUCUCCCCCACAGCCGUUACUUAUGAAAUGUGGUGAUGAGAAAUGGAAUGUGAUACCUGACAUGUCAACGAAAUUCGGAGACAUCUGCCUCUUUAAAGGGCAAUCUUACGCAGUCGACAAAAUUGGUAAGACGGUUGUGGUUGGACCGGAUUCAAGUGUCCAAUUAGUGGCUGAACCUUUGAUUGGCGGCGGGGACAUGAAAUUCUUAGUGGAGAGCGAGGGGGAUUUGUUGUUAGCGGAUGUUUAUAAUUGUCUUUUUACUGAUCUUUGUAAUCCCGAUCAUAAUGAUUGUGUAAGGAUUGAUUUGUUUAAGCUUAAUGAGAAGGAGAAGAAGUGGGUGAAGUUGACGAGUUUAGGAGAUAGGGUUUUGUUCUUGGGGUUGGGGUUGGUAUGUUCGUUUUCUGCUUGUGCUUCAGAUUUGUGUGUUGCCAAAGGGAAUUCUGUCAUCUUUAAUAAUUAUAUCUUUGAAUCACAUAGGCCACUUGAAUCUGAAUGUAAGGAAUAUGUUUUGGACUUGGAUCUAGGUCGGCAUUCGCUUUUGUCCGAUUAUCCUGAAUAUUCCAACUUGUUCUGGCCACCUCCAGAGUGGAUCCGACCUCGUUACGAUGGACUGAAUUGGGUAGGAGCGGACGGCUUUUUCACAUGUGAAUAUAACGUUAUAACUCCAGAAUGCAGUAGGUUGAAGAAAAUUAGAGGCUUUUUCAACCAUUAGAGGCUUUGAUGUGCAGCCAAAAUUGGUUCCGAACAGAAAUGCAAGGUUAUUCAAAGAUAAUGGCUUCUUUUGAAUGUGUUGAUGAGGAUAUUGAUGAUGAUGAGGAAAUGAGUCAAACAUAAUUGUGGAAGGGUGAUGGAGGAGAAGAUCUUAUAAGGAAAAGUUGGAAGCAGAGACAUGAUUUUUUGUUGUGAAUGAAUGCCUUCCUAUUUUGAAUUUAAAUGUAACUUAUAUUAAGUAAUGUGACUUGUCCACUUUUGUGGUUUUGCUACUAGAUUAUGACUUAAUUCUCUUUUGCUACUAGUAAUGUGACUGUAUUAAGUAAUGCAACUUUUUCUAUUAA